AUGGAAGAAGCCUUCGAUUAUUUCAGUCAGCCAGCACAAACACGACAUCACUCGUCCGACUUCUACAAACGCCGCUCAUUCACCUAUGGCGAUCUCACGAGAGAUAUUGCUCGGUCAAGAGAACAACUGCUACAAAAGUAUGGCUCGUCUCUGUCCGGGCAGAGAGUUGCAUUUUUGGCGGAGAAUAGCUAUGACUACGUAGUCAUGCUGUUCUCUAUACUGGCCAGUGACGCCAUUGCGUUGCCGCUCUCUCCUGGGUUUCCGGCUGUAGAACUCAAGUACAUUUUAGAGAACUCGGGUGCUGGGAUGUUACUUGCAACUGAAAAAUAUGCUGGCAAAGCACGCGAACUUGUUGAUCAGUCCUAUAAUAAGAGCGGCCCGAUUGUCGAUAUUAGACCUAAGAUUCUUACCCAGGCCGGUGCUGGGAAGUCUGGCUCGGCGGAACAGCUCCGCGAUAUCCGGGAUUCGGAUUCAGAAUCGAAAGGGGGACUCAUGCUGUAUACUUCCGGGACGACUAAUCGGCCGAAAGGCGUGUUCCUGCCGCUGUCGGCAAUACUGGCACAAACCCAGUCUUUAAUUGAGGCAUGGCGAUACUCUCCACAGGACUAUCUCCUACACCUCCUCCCACUACACCACAUCCAUGGCCUUGUCAAUGCGGUCAUCGUGCCUGCUCUUGCAGGCUCGAGUAUUGAAUUCAUGUAUCCCUUCAAUCCAGAUGCCGUAUGGCACCGACUCGCCGACCCAUUUCUACAAGACAGUGGCGAGCCACGAAACAACAAGAUAAGCUUUUUAACAGCCGUCCCGACUCUGUAUACUCGACUCAUGGCGGCUUUCCCUAGCCUACCUGCUGAUGUUCAGACAGCAGCUAAGCAAGCAAUUGCACCGCAUAACCUACGACUCAAUAUAUCCGGGUCCGCAGCACUGCCAACGCCCAUUAAAAAGGCCUGGACGGAACUGAGUAAUGGCAAUGUACUCUUGGAGCGUUAUGGUAUGACGGAGGUGGGUAUGGCUAUCAGCUGCGGACUAGACCCGAAUGACCGGGUCGACGGCAGUGUGGGCUGGCCUUUGCCGUCUGUCGAGGUCAGACUAUGGGACACGGACAAGGGUGAGACGAUCAAAGCGGGCGAGGAAGUGGAUGACACUGGUCGGGAACGGGUUGGCGAGAUUCAGCUACGCGGGCCUACGAUUUUCAGAGAGUACUGGGGUAAUCCCAAAGCAACUGCGGAGUCGUUUGUUGCGGAUGAAGACAACGACAGCAGUAGCAAGGGCGCUUGGUUUCGGACGGGCGAUGUUGCAGUGCGAAGGGCAGUGGAGGGCAGUGGCAGCAGCAGCAGUGGUGAAUGGGCCAAGGGGCCGAUGUAUUUCAUCCAGGGCCGUCUUAGCGUGGAUAUCAUCAAGACUGGGGGCGAGAAAGUGAGCGCACUCGAAGUGGAGAGAGAGCUAUUAUCGUUACCGCAAAUCGCCGAGGCAGCAGUGGUCGGGCUCCCCUCUGAACGAUGGGGACAGAAGGUGGCCGCUGUGAUUGUUCUAAGUCAGGACUCUGGUGGCGGCAGGGGCAUGGAGAGCAUAAUGGCCGUGCGGCGGGCAUUAAGAGAUCGUCUCGCGAUGCACAAGCUGCCGCAGGAACUGAAGGUUCUGGCUGGACCGAUUCCACGGAAUGCGAUGGGCAAGGUGAACAAGAAAGCGCUCAUUCGAGAGGUGUUUGGCGAUAUCAGCGUAUAA